AUGGCUGCCACCACCUCGUCGACGCCGGCGGCUAAGAACCCCGUCCUUCGCCGCACCGUUACGUCCACCACCGAUACCGACGCCUCGGUGCCCUCGACUGCCGUUGCAUCCCCCAUUGACUCUCCCCGUGCCUCGGCUUCUUCGACCUCUUUGUCCUCCCUUGCUUCUGAGGGUGCUGCCGCCACCAAGAAGUCCAACUAUGGCAAGCUGUACGACACAUACGGCAACGAGUUCACUCCUCCCGACUUCACCAUCAAGGACAUUCAUAAUGCCAUCCCGAAGCACUGCUUCGAGCGUUCUGCCCUCCGUGGUUUCAGCUACAUUGCUCGGGACAUCGCCUGCUUGGCCACCGUCUUUUACAUCUGGUACAACUUUGUGACUCCCGAGUACAUCCCAUCCAAGCCUGCUCGCGCCGCGCUCUGGGGCUUGUACACUGUUCUCCAGGGUCUCUUCGGUACCGGUCUUUGGGUUAUUGCACAUGAGUGCGGUCACCAGGCCUUUUCGCCCUCCAAGACUCUGAACCACACCGUCGGCUGGGUCCUCCACUCUGCUCUUUUGGUCCCUUACUUCAGCUGGCAGAUUUCCCACAGCAAGCACCACAAGGCCACUGGCCACAUGGAGCGUGACAUGGUCUUCGUUCCCCGCACUCGCGAGCAACACGCCACUCGUGCCGGCCGCUUGGUUCACGAGCUUGCUGAGCUCACUGAGGAGACCCCUGCCUUCACUUUCCUCAUGCUGGUCCUUCAACAGCUUGUCGGCUGGCCCAACUACCUGAUGACCAACGUCACUGGCCACAACUAUCACGAGCGUCAGCGUGAGGGCCGUGGUAAGGGCAAGAAGAACGGCUUCGGCGGUGGUGUUAACCACUUCAACCCCGCCAGCCCCAUCUUUGAGGCCAAGGACGCUAAGCUCAUCAUCAUGUCCGACAUUGGUCUGGCUAUCACCAUCAGCGCCCUCGUCUACCUUGGCAACCGAUUCGGAUGGUCCAACCUCCUGGUCUGGUACUUCAUCCCCUACCUCUGGGUCAACCACUGGCUUGUGGCCAUCACUUUCCUCCAGCACACCGACCCUACCCUGCCUCACUACACUGGCGAGCAGUGGAACUUCGUUCGUGGAGCUGCUGCCACCAUUGAUCGCGAGAUGGGUUUUAUCGGACGCCACCUCCUUCACGGUAUUAUCGAGACCCACGUUCUUCACCACUACGUCAGCACCAUCCCCUUUUACAACGCCGACGAGGCUUCCGAGGCCAUCAAGCCUGUCAUGGGUGCUCACUACCGCGCUGAUGUUAAGGACGGCCCGGUCGGCUUUAUCAAGGCGCUGUACAAGUCUGCUCGUAUGUGCCAGUGGGUCGAGCCUAGCGCUGAGGCCGAGGGUGAAGGCAAGGGUGUUCUUUUCUUCCGCAACCACAACGGUCUUGGUGUUCCUCCCAUCAAGGGUGAGGUGUCUUGA